AGAGUUGGACUAGUGACCAAGUGAAAAAAAGUUUCUUCCACUUUCUCAUACAGUGGUUGCCCGGUCAGUGCUGCUGGCUGUCAGAAAGAAAACACGAAGAUGGCGCGGCGCUGCUGCCGUGCCACGUCUCGUUCUACAGCGAAAAUAUAUGCCAAGUUGAGAGAGUCAUUCAUAUCUACGAUCUUUUUAUUUGUGUGUUUAUUAUUUCCUUUCACCACUAAAGCUGGUUUGUACACCGCUUCUGAUCAGAUAGUCAUCUUAACGCCGGAUAAUGUGGAUAGCGUUUUGGUAAAUUCUACGGCAGCAAUGGUAGUUGAGUUUUACGCCUCUUGGUGUGGUCAUUGUAUUGCAUUUUCUCCCGUUUGGAAAAGUCUUGCAAGGGAUAUUAAAGAGUGGAAACCUGCUAUGGAUUUAGCCGCUAUAGACUGCGCAAAUCCAGUGAAUAUCCCAAUUUGUUCCGGUUUUGACGUCAAGGGGUACCCAACACUGAAGUUCUUCCACGCCUACUCCAAGGCCGACUCCAAGGGUCAGGUUUUCAAAGCUUUUCCUCGUGAUGUGAGGGGUUUACGCCAUAAGCUCAUCGACUUGAUGGAGACCCACAAAGAUCCCUGGCCCCCAGCGUGUCCCCCUCUGGAGACAGCAAGCAAAGUGGAGAUUGACAAUUUUUUUGAUACUAACAAUGUGGAACACCUGGCGUUGAUCUUUGAGAUGUCAAACUCCUAUGUUGGCAGAGAGGUGAUUCUGGACAUGCUGCAGUAUGAAAACCUAGCUGUUCGGAGGGUCCUGAACACUGAAGAAGGCCUGGUAACUAAAUUGGGAGUUACUGAUUUUCCUUCCUGCUACCUGUACUAUCCCAGCGGAAAUUUCACCAGGCUUAUAGUACACAACGAGGCCCGUGUCUUUUACUCCUACGCCCUCCAGACGCUUCCCAGGGUAGUUCGGGCCGGGAAGCUGCCGCAACCGCCACCAACUUAUGACCUCAUGAAAAACACAACAGGGGACCAUGAGAGGCCGUUCAACAGGUCUCGUGUGUACAUGGCCGACCUGGAAUCGACUCUGUACUACUCUCUGCGCGUGGAGCUGGCUGCUCACACAGUCAUCAAAGGGGAGGCUCUGAGUGCGCUGCAAGAGUACUUCACCGUCCUAGUCAAAUACUUUCCUGGUCGUCCUGUGGUGAUGAACUUGCUGAAGUCUGUUGCCACGUGGCUCAAAGACCGGAAGGACUCGGAACUCUCCUACAGCUCACUGAAGGAUGCACUGGACAACACCGCAGAGGUCCCCAAUGCUGCUCUACCAGACAGUGUAAGGUGGGUGGGCUGCCAGGGCUCCAAGCCCCAUUUCAGAGGAUACCCGUGUGGAAUGUGGACCCUCUUCCAUGUCCUCACUGUUCAGGCGAAGGAAGCUGCCAGCAAAGACCCACAGGAAGUAAUCCAGGCGAUGAGGUUGUAUGUCUACUACUUCUUUGGCUGUCGGGAGUGCGCCACCCACUUUGAGAACAUGGCGAUGGAGAGCAUGUCCCAGGUGGGGACAUGGAUCACCCCGGUGCUGUGGCUCUGGUCCCGUCAUAACCAAGUCAACAACAGACUGGCUGGUGCUCCAAGUGAGGACCCCCGCUUUCCUAAAAUUCAGUGGCCGCCCCCAGAGCUAUGUCCCAGCUGCCACGGAGUGAAGCCGACCGGAGAACACACCUGGCAGCAGGAAGAGGUGCUUGCCUUCCUUCACACCCACUUCUCGUCUGAACACCUCCUUUCAGACUACCUUGAGGAGGAGGGGCAGCUCCUCUCCAGGCAGAAGGAGAGCCUGGUUGCCCGACAGAACCAGGAGGCCAAGAGAGGAACAGAAAGGAGAGCUCGGGACACCAUGUCUGAACUGCUACCAGGCCAGGAGGAGGUGAAGGAAGAAGAAGAAGAAGAAGAGGAGGAGGAUGAGGAAGAAGAGGAAGGAGCAGAAGAAGAGCUGGCUGCAGAGGAGGAAAUGGGGCAGAGGGCAGGAGGAGAGAUGUCUGAACCCCCGCCUGGGGUAAAGAUAAAGGCGGGGGGACCCCGACAGCCACACCGCAAACCCAGCGUGGUGGGUCUGAAACUCAGGCCUGUACAGGAUGAGAUUGUGGACUUGGACUCCUUCGUCGACCACCACUACAAGGCCAAGGCCCUCCGCGCUGCAGCAGCGAUGUCCUCCCGCGUCAGAACCAGGACCCUCCAGAGACAGGAGGAGCCCAGGCUCCGAGCCAGCCUGGAACAAGGGACCAGGCUAGGGCUCGGGCUGGAGCCUGUGGAGCCGGACGAUCUGUUGGGGCAGCGCAACAUGUUGCAGAAGAGGAUACUGACGGGCCAGUACAUGGGUUCGGAGGAGGAGGGGGCCUUGGAGAUGUACCCCAGGCUUAACAAGAGGCAGUGGAUGUCCCUGCUGAGUGUGGGCUUCUCCAGACUGGACAUCAGCCUGUGCGUAAUCCUAUACUUCUUGUCGUCCACCUGUCUUCUGGCCAUGUACCUCUUCUUUAAGAACCGCCUGCAGCUGCGCCGGACCAAAGUGGCUCUACCGUAAGUCAACAUUGCCUGGCAGGACCGCUGUGGAUUUACAAGCAACAGUGAUUCUGUGGUCCAUCCUUAAACCAUCUAAGUGAGGGAUCCAAUGUGUUCUGCAUCAAUGAAUUGCUUUCUGGCGCUUGCACUCGGGAUCAUUUGAGGAAAGAAAGUGCCUUUUUGACCACUUUUGUAGGAUGAAUGAAAUCAUGAGGAAAAUAAUAGAUUUUUAUUAUUAUUAUUAAUAUAUCAAUAGAUGUAUUUGAUAUUUAUUGUAAUUGCAAUGUGAUAAAUGCAUUUGUGAAAAUAAAUCGCUGUAUCUAA